CAAAAGUUUUUAUUUUUCCUGUUUCAAAAAGAGCGCAUGCUGUGAGAGGAGGGCAGUGAGGGUGCCCUGCCAGGAAUGCCAGUUCCCAGGGGUGAAGGGUACAGCAGGCAGCCCCUUCUCCGUGCACUGAAGAUGUGUAUCCCAGAGGUGCCAGUCACCAGCUCAUCCUCCCGCACUGUGUGCCAGCUGCUGAAGGGUGGGGGGAGUUGUCACAGGGGUCUGGGGCAGCCAGGCAGGGAUUUCACAGGGCAGGGGAGCCCAUCCCGGCUGCCAGGCCAGUAGGCAGGAUCACACAUGGCUGCAGGGGGCGCUGCCGGUCCCCCUCCUGUCAUCGCACACACCUCGGGUCAUGUCAGGUGCACUCACACAGUGCACAGGCUGCAGCUCAGGCUGGUCCAGGCGUCUGCGCGGUCACGUGACUCCCCCGCUUUACCCCACGUGACGGGCAAGAUGGCUGCGCCCGCGAAGGCACGGGUCUGAAGGUGAAGCGCCCGCGAUCGCUGGGGAGGCUACAACACCACAGCUGUAAUGGAACCCGAAGAGCGUCCGGAAAGUCAGUUUGCGAAGCUCUUACGAGAGAGAUUCAAUCAACUUCCUGCUAUAGACCAAAAAUUUUUCCAUUAUGGAAGUCUGAUAGUUGGUCUAAGUGCCUCGGCUUCUGGACUUCUGUCCAACAAGAUAUUCAGAGAAACCUUGAAGGUCAGACGGGGCUUCCUGUUGUCCUCUCUCGUCGUGACCAGCCUCCCACUGUUCCAGACCACCAUCUUGUAUCACACUGCUAUACCCAAUUCCAUUAUGGCUGGUAAGAUGAAUUGUUCCCUAUGUAACACGCUGCGUGGCACCACGGUGGGAGCUGUUGUUGGGGGUCUGGGUUCAGCGUCCUUAGCUGCGUUAUUCAGCACAAUGUACUUUCUGAAGUACAACAAGAAGCCGCUGCCCAAUGACCCGUUCCGCUUCUGCAUUAACCUCUACAGAGCUGCAGUGAUGAGGAUGAAGUAUUUCUUCCUUUUUCAAGCUGUUCUGUGCAUGGCGGUCAGCGCUAGGUAUUACACCGUGUACGAGAAGAUGCUGCUGAUGCCUCCUCUGCAGCACGAGGAGGGGCCGAAGGAAUAAACACGCUUUUUUUUAUUAUCCAGAGUAUCUUCAUUACAAUGCUUGUCACACAUACAGCAAUUAUUUUUAUCUCCUUUCCCUGUUUCUCACAUUAGUGUGCCAAGUUUGAUGUUUUAAAGGGGUGUUCCAGAACUUGGUUUAUCAGUUCCAGAUUGGUGGAGGUGUGAAGCCCAUUAACCCUACGACCGGCGCUGAAAGCAGAAGGUUCCGCUGUAUAGUGGCCAUACCAGGGUAGGAGUGAAAGGGAGCUGCGCAGUGGUCACAGCUAACAUCGAAAAGUCGAUUCGCAUAAAACUUUGUUCCAAUACUGUACGGAUCAGGAGCUCCGUACACUAUUUGAAGUAAAAACCGCGCUCAUCGGAGCCGAUACAUUCUAACUCUCGUGAGACUAAUAAAUUUUUACUCUGUUUCGGUUCCAAGUGGCACCUUGGUCGAUUCGCUCAUCCCUAGUCACAGCCUUCCUUCCCCAAAUCUGAUACUGAUAUCAAUCCUGAGGAUAGGUCAUCAGUAUCCACGUCCCAGAAAAACCCUUUAAGGGCGUAUAUUAACAAUACACAUUUCAAGAAGACCUUUCACCAAUUUGUACUUUAUAAAAGCAAUACCUCACACUGUAGCCCGUGUUCACUAGGUGUCAUAUCGUACAUUUUUCGUGAUCUGUUCCCCAUUUGGUUUUGGCAUCUGAUAUGCUAAUAGAAUCGGUACAAGGAGGUGGAGACAUCAGCUUCUCCCUGGCCGUGGUACAGUCCAAUCGCAGCAGAUCGCGUCACAGCCGGGGAGAAGUUGAGCCGUUUUUUUCCCAAACGGGUAGCACAGCGGCGGAACAUAUGAAAAUAAAUUGUGAUAUGACACCUACUGAACAUGGGCAAGGUAUUGCUUUUAUAAAGUAAAACUGGUGAAAGUUCCUCGAAGACUUAAAGCGCCCGUGACCAGGAUCUACCUUAUUAAACCAGGCACUUCAGCACAUGGCAUUUAUCAUGUAGACAGAGUUAAUACAAGGCACUUACUAAGGUAUUGCGACUGUCCAUAAUGAUUCCUUUUGCUGGCUGGAUUCAUUUUUCCAUCACUUUAUACCCUGUGCAUAUCCAGGGUUAAGACCACACUAUAGGGAAAAAGCACCAGGCCCUCUGGUGGCAGGGACUGCACACUGCACAUAGGUACACAUGCGCAGCAGCUUCCAGCCUAGAGUUGCGCCGGGUAUCGACACAAUACUAGGCUGCGCAGCCUAGUAUCAAUUAGAGAACAUGGCACGCACUGCUCUCAGCGCAUGCCAUGUUCUCUUCACUAGCACAGUGGUUAGUAUUAGUAUAAGUGGUGGCCACAGGUGAAAUUCCGAUCAGAGCCCCAGCGGUGUAAUCGUGGGGCUCUGAUUGCCCUGGCUGCCAUGGUAAGCAGAUCGUGAAGUCCUAGUCACCCUAAUAGAGCUCUAUUAGGCUAAAUAAGACACAGGUUUUAUUCCCUAAGGGGGCUAAUGGUUAUUAAAUAAAAACACACCAAAAUAAGUUUAAAUCGCCCUCUUUCCCAAUUUUACAUAUAAGAUUUACAAACAAUAAAAAAAAAUAAACAU